GCGCGGGCCGGACCCCAGAUUUGCGGCUGGCUGUUCACAUGAGUCCAGAGGGAGAUGAAGUACCUUGGAUCCGGCGUAGUUGGGCUUUGUAUGGCAGUCUUCCUCCUCCUCCCUGUUUCUGCUCCUGUGGCAGUCACUGACCACACAGGUGCAGCAUGUCCUGUGCUAAGAACAGCUGUCCAUCAGCUCAGAGAAGCCAGUCAAGAGGAUCUUGGUGUUUCAGGGUUUGAUCUAGCAGAAAGCUUUUCUUUGAGACAAACACCUUGCGGAGGGGAAAAAGUCUGUUUUAAGCUGGGAAGCGCACCUCUUGUCAGAGACACAAAGCAAGUAUUUCCGAAGGGUCUUCCUGAAGAAUAUUCUCUAAUAGCAACGUUCCGUGUACGACGAAGCACCAAGAAAGAGCGGUGGUAUAUAUGGCAAAUUCUAAAUCAGUAUGACACGCCUGAGAUCUCUGUCCUUAUAGAUGGUGCAAAAAAAGUUGUGGAGUACAUGACUAAAUCUGCUCAGGGAAAUAUACUGCACUAYACUUUUAAGAGUCGAGAAAUCUAUCCAUUGUUUGAUCGGCAGUGGCAUAAACUUGGUAUUAGCGUGCAGCCCGGGAUCAUUUCCCUCUAUUUGGAUUGUAAUUUAAUUGAGAGAAAGCAGACUGAUGAAAAAUUCACCAUUGACUUUCAGGGAAGGACUCUGAUUGCAUCUCGGGCUGCAGAUGAUAAACCAGUAGAUAUUGAACUCCAACGCAUAACAGUUUAUUGUAAUCCAAAACUUGCAACAGAAGAUACAUGUUGUGAAAUAUCUGCAGAUCUAUGCCCUCGUGACGACAGGCUAUUUGUUACCACUUCUUCCCCAGUGAGUGUUAUUGCCAGCAAAAUAUACGCUCUUCCAGAAACCCAGCAAGAAUCUAGAGACAGAUGUUUCUGCCUCCCAAAUAAAGGAGAAGCAGGAUUACCAGGAGCAGCUGGUUUGCCAGGCCAGAAAGGAGUUAAAGGUGAAAAGGGUGAAGUGGGUGCCAAAGGACAGGCUGGUGUUGCUGGUCUUCCUGGAGAAAAGGGUGAUCAUGGCCUUGCAGGUAGUAAAGGUGAAGAAGGUGAAAAGGGUGAAAAGGGAGAUAAAGGAGAACCAGGACCAGAAGGCAUUCACGGAAGAGAGGGACUAAAAGGUGACCCUGGUGAUCCUGGUGUGGCUGGUCCUAAAGGAGAAAAGGGAGAUACAGGUCCUCCAGGACCAACUGCCUUAAGUGGUUUGCCAGGAUUGGAGGGUCCCCAAGGUCCACCUGGCAAAGAAGGUCAAAGGGGUCGACGAGGCAAACCAGGGCCCCCUGGAAAACCAGGGCCACCAGGACCUCCUGGUCCUUCUGGGCUGACAGGAUUUCUGGAGUCCUUGAGCAAUGAGAGUGAUGCAAGACAACUCGGCUUACUAGGCACACCGGGAAUUAAAGGCCAGAAGGGAGAUGUUGGUCAAAAGGGAGAAAUGGGAAUAACUGGUGAAAAGGGAGAAAAGGGAGASCCUUCUGAAAAAGGAGAAAAGGGAGAUCCAGGAGAAACUGGAGUGCAGGGAUUGAAAGGAAAUAAGGGUGAAACAGGAGACCCUGGACCACCUGGACUCAUGGGAAGUCCAGGAUCACCGGGACUGCCAGGACCUCCAGGACCUGUUGGACCCAGUGGACUACCAGGAGAAGCUGGCUUACCAGGAGAUCAAGGGAUACCAGGAAAACCAGGAGAUAAAGGAGAAAAGGGGGACCCUGGUGGGAUUAUGGGACCACCUGGGCAUCCAGGUCCAAAAGGUGAAGUGGGGCCUCCUGGAUCAAGUCUGCCAGGAGCACCAGGUCCCAUUGGUAUUCCUGGAAACCCAGGUCCACGGGGACCCAAGGGAGAACGAGGACUCCCUGGUGUGCAAGGAACUCCUGGGGAGAUGGGGCCUCCUGGCCUGGGCAUUCAGGGAUCACCAGGUCCAAUGGGUCCAACUGGAUCAGCAGGUGUCCAGGGCCCUAGAGGACCCCCUGGAUUACCAGGAACUCCAGGUACCCCAGGAAUUAAUGGCACUCCAGGACGAGAUGGAAAGCCAGGACUUCCAGGCCCUCCAGGUGAUCCUAUUGCACUGCCUCUUGUGGGAGACAUGGGUACUAUACUGAAGGGUGAUCCUGGCAUAAGAGGUCCUCCAGGCAUCCCUGGUAGAGAGGGGCCAAAGGGGAACAAAGGUGAGCGUGGAUUUCCUGGGCUUCCUGGAGAGAAGGGUGAUGAGGGUCUUCAAGGUGUUCCUGGACUGCCUGGUGUAGCAGGACCCAGUGGACCUUCUGGAGUCACAGGAAGACCUGGACAUCCUGGUCCCCCAGGACCAAAAGGCGAAAAGGGCAGUGAAGGUUCUCCUGGGAAGCCUGGACCACCGGGGCCUCCGGGUGUCCCUCACAAUGAAAGAAAUGGCAUGAGCAGCUUAUAUAAACUACAGGGAGGCGUGAGUGUUGCUAGUUAUCCAGGUCCACCAGGACCUCCAGGUCCAAAAGGAGAUCCUGGUGUAGUGGGAGACCCAGGACCGAUGGGAUUACCAGGACUAGAAGGACUCCCAGGAGAAAAGGGUGACCGUGGACCAUCUGGCACACCAGGAGUCGCAGGAACACCGGGAAAGCCAGGAUCUCCAGGGUCCCCAGGAAUGCCAGGUGAACCUGGUGAAAGAGGACCUAUAGGAGAUAUAGGAUUCCCUGGGCCAGAAGGGCCGCAAGGAAAACCGGGAAUCAAUGGAAAAGAUGGAUUGCCAGGUCCUCCGGGUGCUGUGGGGAGACCAGGAGACAGAGGGCCCAAAGGAGAACGUGGAGAUCAGGGUAUUCCAGGAGACAGAGGCCCACAAGGUGAAAGAGGAAAACCUGGCCCAUCAGGCGAAAAGGGGGCUAUGGGUCCCAUUGGGCCACCAGGAGACAGAGGCCAUCCCGGUUCACCAGGUCAUCAAGGUCCUCCAGGUUCACCAGGACCCCCAGGUUUUCUGGCUGAUGCAGUUUCAUCUGAAGAAAUAAAAAAAUAUAUCAAACAGGAGGUUCUUAAGGUUUUUGAAGAGAGGAUGGCUCAGUUUGUAUCCCAGCUGAAGCUGCCUGCAGCACUGCUUGCUUCCCAAGCUCAUGGAAAACCCGGGCCACCAGGAAAAGAUGGUUUACCAGGACCUCCAGGAAAAGAUGGUUUACCAGGAACACCAGGAGAACGUGGACUUCAAGGUUACAGAGGACAGAAAGGGGAAAGAGGCGAGCCUGGAAUUGGACUGCCUGGUAACCCUGGACCACCUGGCCCUUCAGCGACCGGCCUGCCUGGCCCCCCAGGAGCUCCCGGCUCGCCCGGACCRCAAGGGCCGCCCGGACCCCACGGAAGAUGCAACCCAGCAGAUUGCUAUUACCAYGUAGCACAGACUCGGUCACGCACCAGUGGGAAAUAA